AUGCUCCUCCUCGCAGCUGGUGGGCUCGCAGUGUCAGCUGGUCUGACGGGAGGUACGCACGCGAGGACGCUGACCAGCGCCCAGCGGUACGCCGCCUUUGACUGGAUGGCUCACUGGUACCCGAUGGCGUGGACGCGCGAUCUUCCUGUCGACCGGCCCACACGCGUCACGCUCUUCGACGACGACUACGCGGUCGUGCUGCGAUCGGACGGGCAGCCGCCUCUGGCGCUACGUGAUGCCUGUCCUCACCGGCUCGCGGCGCUCAGCGAAGGCCGGCUGACGGAGCAGGGGUUCCUGCAGUGCGCCUAUCACGGGUGGGCGUUCGACGACAGCGGUGCGUGCAAAGCGAUCCCGCAGCUGCCUGCUGGCGGGAGCCUCGCCUCUGCUUGCACCCGCGCGGCGACGGCGGUCGUGUCUCAGGGCAUCCUCUGGCUGCACCCAGCGCCGCGUGGCACGGCUCCACUGCCAGAGGUGCCAAGGGUGCCAGAGAUGGACGACGAUCGGUACAAGUGGUCACCGGCCGUGCGCGACCUGCCCAUCGACUACUCGCUCCUGGUCGAGAACAUCCUCGACCCCGACCACGGCCUCUUUGCGCACCAGCUGCCCGCCUUCGACCUCUACUCGGCCAGCCCCGACGCGCCGCAGCGCGUGACCGUGCGCGCGGUUGAGGACGAGGCUGAGGACGAGGCUGCCGCCUUCGCCAUCGAAUCCCGCGUCGCAGCGUGGGCCAAGCUGACGAGGCGGCAAGCCGAGAGCGCCGGGAGCACUGCCGUGCGCACGGCGUACGCUGCCGCCUCCGCCGACACGCCGCAGCUCGAGGCGUCGAGCACCUUCCGCCCGCCGGCGGUCAUCGUCAGCUGCCGGCGCGACGGCGCGGGCGCGUCCAGCUUCCUGACGUGCUUCUUCCUCUCGCCGACGGGCGUCGGCCGCACGCGCUUCAUGGCGGCGGGCGUCGGCCGCGGCCUCCCCGUCGCGCUGCCUCGCUGGCUGCAGCACGUGGGCCUCAACAAUUUCCUCGACCAGGACACAUUCCUCCUCGCGACGCAGCAGCCGCACGUGCUGCGGGCGGAGCUCGAGCGCCGUCACUCGUCUUCGUACCGCUCGCCGACGGAGAAGAUGCUGCUCGAGGCGCAGCACACACGCGUCUGCCCCGACUCCUCGUCGCUCGUCGCGCGGCUUCGAAUGGCGCGCAACGCGGCGUGGGCGCUCGCGCUGGCCGCUGUCGGCCGCGCGUCGGCCGGCGGGCCGCUGCUCAGCCGAGGGGCCGUGUCCGCGGUGCUGCUUGCCGCGGCGGGGUGGGUGGCACACGCGCUGCGCAGAGAGUUUACCUUCUGCUACCCCGAGCGGAAGCGCGACGCGGACUUGCGCAAGGUGCCGCGCGUCUUUGCAGACGAGCGCCUGCUGCGGCGAGAGGCGGUGUGA